GCCCCUUACUGCGGCCCCGCUUUCUAAUCUGACCCACCUGGCGGCGAUCGGAUCCGAACACGUGUGCGAUUUUCUAUCUCCAGCGCUCGUCCUGACCAUUUACAAGUACUCCCAGAUCUCUCUCAUCCCUUGCAACCAUGGCGUCUACGAAGGCGGCGCCAGCCGCAGCGGUGAACCCUUCCGCCAUCCAUCGCUCCCCUCCGCCCUCCUUCGCCACCCGCCGCCUCCUCUCGGCCAUCCCCAGACUCCUCUCCGUCUCCGCCACCGCCCCCUCCCUCCGGAGAUCCAUCUCCGUCUCCGCCGCGGCCCACCCCUCCGCUGCCUCCCCUACCCCCACCCCCGCCACCGCUGCCCCCUCCCCUCUCCGCCGCUUCUUCUCUGACGAGCCCCGCAAGGGCGCGGACAUCCUUGUCGAAGCCCUCGAGCGCGAGGGCGUCUCCGACGUCUUCGCGUACCCUGGCGGCGCCUCCUUGGAGAUCCACCAGGCCCUCACCCGCUCUCCCUCCAUCACCAACCACCUCCUCCGUCACGAGCAGGGCGAGGUCUUCGCCGCCUCCGGCUACGCCCGCUCCACCGGCCUCCCCGGCGUCUGCAUCGCCACCUCCGGCCCCGGCGCCACUAACCUGGUCUCCGGCCUCGCCGACGCCCUCCUCGACUCCGUCCCCAUGGUCGCCAUCACCGGCCAGGUCCCCCGCCGCAUGAUCGGUACCGACGCCUUCCAGGAGACCCCCAUCGUCGAGGUCACUCGCUCCAUCACCAAGCACAACUACCUCGUCCUUGACGUCGACGACAUUCCCCGCAUCGUAAAAGAAGCGUUUUUCCUCGCCUCCUCCGGCCGCCCGGGCCCCGUGCUCGUCGACAUCCCGAAGGACAUCCAGCAGCAGCUCUCCGUCCCCGUCUGGGAUCCACCGCUCCGCCUCCCCGGCUACCUCUCCCGCCUUCCCAAGGCCCCCGCCCGCCCCCUGCUCGACCAGAUCCUCCGCCUCGUCUCCGAGUCCAGCCGCCCGGUCCUCUAUGUCGGCGGUGGCUGCUCGAGCUCGGGCGACGAGCUCCGCCGCUUCGUCGAACUGACUGGAAUCCCCGUCACAACCACUCUAAUGGGUCUUGGGAAUUACCCGAGUGCCGAUGAGCUCUCUCUGAGGAUGCUGGGAAUGCACGGGACUGUGUACGCCAACUAUGCUGUCGAUAAAGCUGAUCUCUUGCUGGCCUUCGGAGUCAGAUUUGACGACCGGGUGACUGGAAAGCUCGAAGCUUUUGCGAGCAGGGCGAAGAUUGUGCACAUCGACAUCGAUCCGGCCGAGAUCGGGAAGAACAAGCAGCCCCAUGUGUCGAUCUGUGCCGAUAUGAAGCUGGCGUUGGAUGGGAUGAAUGCAUUGCUGGAGGAGAGCGGCCUUCAUCAAAAGCUCGACUUUUCUGCUUGGAGGGAGGAGCUAGAUCAUCAGAAGAAGGAAUACCCUUUGAGCUACAAGACUUUUGGGGAUCAGAUUCCUCCCCAGUAUGCAAUUCAGGUGCUUGAAGAAUUGACGAAUGGGGAGGCCAUCAUCAGCACCGGCGUCGGGCAGCACCAGAUGUGGGCCGCACAGUAUUACAGCUACAAGAAGCCUCGCCGGUGGCUGUCAUCUGCUGGAUUGGGGGCGAUGGGCUUCGGGCUGCCAGCAGCAGCAGGGGCGGCCGUCGGUAACCCGGGGGUCACUGUUGUCGACAUCGACGGCGAUGGGAGUUUUCUCAUGAAUGUCCAGGAGCUGGCGAUGAUUCGGGUGGAGAAUCUCCCUGUGAAGGUCUUGGUGUUGAACAACCAGCACUUGGGCAUGGUUGUGCAGUGGGAGGAUCGCUUCUACAAGGCCAACAGGGCACAUACUUACUUAGGGAACCCAGCAAAUGAAUCAGAGAUAUAUCCAGAUCUGGUGGCUAUUGCAAAGGGAUUCAACAUACCCGCCGCCCGGGUGACACAGAAGGCUGAUGUCAGGGAGGCGAUCAGGGAGAUGCUGGAGACACCAGGGCCUUACUUGUUGGAUGUUGUCGUGCCGCACCAGGAGCAUGUCUUGCCUAUGAUUCCAAGUGGUGGUGCAUUCAAAGAUAUCAUAAUUGAAGGAGAUGGGAGAACAGCAUAUUAGUUUUACUUGGGUAAUUGGUAUUGCUUUGUUUUACUCUUUGGAUUGUAAGCUCAAGGGAGCCCUUUUUAUGUCUUUUUAUGUCUCAGUAGUUAUGUCAGUUGUUAGCUUUUGUUUGCUUCAUUCCAAGAGGCCUUUUUGAUGGUGGGCUACAUUUCUCCUAUGCAUAUGUGUAUCAGGAUUUUUGCUAUGAAGAUUGUAGUAGAAUGAUCACCUACUUGUUGCUUGUUGAUAAUGUCAUGAGCUAUCUUUGGUGUU